AAGAGCUGCUGCCGCACCGCUGCGGAGACGCAGCCGCCAGCUUCAUCGCAGAGCGCGGCUCAGCCCGGCGUCCGCGCAGCCUCCGCCAGCCUCUGCCAGCCUCGUCUCUGCCAAACCCUCCCUCCCGGCCUCAUCCUUCCCAACCCGAUCCCCUCAAGCCUCAUCCUCUUCCAUCUUGAUCUUCUAAAGCCGGAUCCCCGCAAGCCUGAUUCCCCUCCCAGCUUGAUCCCUCAAGCCUGAUCCCCAAAACUUGAUCCGUCCAACUUGUUCCCUCAAGGCCUGAUAGUCCAGGUUGACCCUCCUCUCAAACCUGAAAUCCUAAAGCUUCAUACCCCAAAGCUUGAAACCCGCAGCAUGAACCUCUCCAAAUGACCCUACCAGCCUGACUCUUCCAAGACUGGUCACUCCCCAAGCCUGAUCCUUCACUCAGCCCUUAUCCUUUGCCUCAGUUUCCACAUUGUCGCAUGCCAAGCUUGAUAGCCUCCCAGACUAAAAUCAUAUCCUCUGUCUCAUCCCUUUCCUCCCCGGAUUAGCUUGAACCCCCUCAGUCCCUAACCUCAGCUCCCGGCAUUCAUUCCCUGCAUCUUGAGCCCCACCCUUAGGGUCUCGGCCUUAGGCCCAUCCAUCCCCUCCCCAUCCACGCUUUUGCCCAGCCUUUGACCCCAGCGGCCUUUUUGCUGCCUGUUACCCAGGCUCCCUCGGGAGCCCCCAGGGCAAUCACCAACCUGCUUUCGAAGAGUUGGGACUGGUGCCCAGGAGGUGUGGACCACAGUCGCCAGUUCCCUGCUGGGUCCCAGGGAGACCGCACACUGAGGGACACGUCUCUUCCAAGUACAACUCAGGGCAUGUUGGCAGCCCCGAGGGGCUGGGAGGCUCAGUUAGAGUCGAACCAGGUAGAUAGGGUUAGGCACAGGCGGAGACUCCCGCCCGCAUGGAAAGUCCGUGCCCCUCGCCUGCAGCUGCCAUGGAAGCUCCUUGGACCCUUUAGAAGCUUCUCACCGCCGUCACAGGAGCCCCAGAGGAUGUGCAGCGGGGUCUCCCCAGUUGAGCAGGUGGCUGCAGGGGACAUGGAUGACACGGCAGCACGCUUCUGUGUGCAGAAGCACUCGUGGGAUGGGCUGCGUAGCAUUAUCCACGGCAGUCGCAAGUCCUCGGGCCUCAUCGUCAGCAAGGCCCCCCACGACUUCCAGUUUGUGCAGAAGCCUGACGAGUCUGGCCCCCACUCUCACCGUCUCUAUUACCUCGGAAUGCCUUACGGCAGCCGUGAGAACUCCCUCCUCUACUCCGAGAUCCCCAAGAAGGUGCGGAAGGAGGCCCUGCUGCUGCUGUCCUGGAAGCAGAUGCUGGACCACUUCCAGGCCACACCCCACCAUGGUGUCUACUCCCGAGAGGAGGAGCUACUGCGGGAGCGCAAGCGCCUGGGCGUCUUCGGAAUCACCUCUUAUGACUUCCACAGUGAGAGCGGCCUCUUCCUCUUCCAGGCCAGCAAUAGCCUGUUCCACUGCAGGGAUGGUGGCAAGAAUGGCUUUAUGGUGUCCCCGAUGAAGCCACUGGAGAUCAAGACCCAGUGUUCUGGGCCACGCAUGGACCCCAAAAUCUGCCCCGCAGACCCUGCCUUCUUUUCCUUCAUCAACAGCAGUGAUCUGUGGGUGGCAAACAUCGAGACUGGGGAGGAACGGCGGCUCACCUUCUGUCACCAGGGUUCAGCCGGUGUCCUGGACAAUCCCAAGUCAGCAGGCGUGGCCACAUUUGUCAUUCAGGAGGAGUUUGACCGCUUCACUGGGUGCUGGUGGUGCCCCACGGCCUCUUGGGAAGGCUCCGAAGGCCUCAAGACGCUGCGCAUCCUAUAUGAGGAAGUGGACGAGUCUGAGGUAGAGGUCAUUCAUGUGCCCUCCCCCGCCCUGGAGGAGAGAAAGACGGACUCCUACCGCUACCCCAGGACAGGCAGCAAGAACCCCAAGAUUGCCUUGAAGCUGGCUGAGCUCCAGACGGACCGUCAGGGCAAAAUCGUGUCAAGCUGCGAGAAGGAACUGGUACAGCCGUUCAGCUCCCUUUUCCCCAAAGUGGAGUACAUCGCCCGGGCUGGCUGGACACGGGAUGGCAAAUAUGCCUGGGCCAUGUUCCUGGACCGUCCCCAGCAACGGCUUCAGCUUGUCCUCCUGCCCCCUGCUCUCUUCAUCCCGGCUGUUGAGAGUGAGGCCCAGCGGGUGGAGGCUGCCAGCGCCGUCCCCAAGAAUGUGCAGCCCUUUGUCAUCUACGAAGAAGUCACCAAUGUCUGGAUCAACGUCCAUGACAUCUUCCACCCGUUUCCUCAGGCUGAGGGCCAGCAGGACUUUUGUUUCCUUCGUGCCAACGAAUGCAAGACUGGCUUCUGCCACCUGUACAGGGUCACAGUGGAACUUAAAACCAAGGAGUAUGACUGGACGGAACCCCUCAGCCCUACAGAAGAUGAGUUUAAGUGCCCCAUCAAGGAGGAGGUCGCCCUGACCAGUGGCGAGUGGGAGGUCUUGUCGAGGCAUGGCUCCAAGAUCUGGGUCAACGAGCAGACAAAGCUGGUGUACUUUCAAGGUACAAAGGACACACCGCUGGAACAUCACCUCUAUGUGGUCAGCUACGAGUCACCAGGCGAGAUCGUACGGCUCACCACGCUCGGCUUCUCCCACAGCUGCUCCAUGAGCCAGAGCUUCGACAUGUUCGUGAGCCACUACAGCAGUGUGAGCACGCCACCCUGUGUGCAUGUGUACAAGCUGAGCGGCCCCGAUGAUGACCCACUGCACAAGCAACCACGCUUCUGGGCCAGCAUGAUGGAGGCAGCCAAUUGCCCUCCAGACUAUGUGCCCCCUGAGAUCUUCCACUUCCACACCCGUGCAGACGUGCAGCUCUACGGCAUGAUCUACAAGCCACACACCCUGCAACCUGGGAGGAAGCACCCCACUGUGCUCUUUGUCUAUGGGGGCCCACAGGUGCAGUUGGUGAACAACUCCUUCAAGGGCAUCAAAUACCUGCGGCUAAAUACACUGGCAUCCUUGGGCUAUGCUGUGGUGGUGAUCGAUGGUCGGGGCUCCUGUCAGCGGGGCCUGCACUUCGAGGGGGCCCUGAAAAAUCAAAUGGGCCAGGUGGAGAUUGAGGACCAGGUGGAAGGCUUGCAGUACGUGGCUGAGAAGUAUGGCUUCAUUGACUUGAGCCGAGUCGCCAUCCAUGGCUGGUCCUACGGUGGCUUCCUCUCACUCAUGGGGCUCAUCCACAAGCCACAAGUGUUCAAGGUGGCCGCCCCACGAGGCCGAGUCCCCCUCCUCAUUGCCUGCCACCACCGACCCCAGGAUGGCAUCCGCCAGCAGCUCUAUGUGGGAGGCCAAGCCCGGGACCCCCGCCUCGGAGGGGCAGAGGUAGCCAUUGCGGGCGCUCCUGUCACUGUGUGGAUGGCCUAUGACACGGGGUACACGGAACGAUACAUGGAUGUCCCCGAAAAUAACCAGCAAGGCUAUGAGGCAGGGUCUGUAGCCCUGCAUGUGGAGAAGCUGCCCAAUGAGCCUAACCGCCUGCUUAUCCUCCACGGCUUCCUGGACGAGAACGUUCACUUCUUCCACACAAAUUUCCUGGUGUCCCAGCUGAUCCGAGCAGGGAAGCCAUACCAGCUUCAGAUCUACCCAAACGAGAGACAUAGCAUCCGCUGCCGCGAGUCCGGAGAGCAUUACGAGGUGACGCUGCUGCACUUUCUGCAGGAACACCUGUGACCUCAGUCCCGACUCCUGACGCCGCCACCGCUGCUCUUCUUGCGUUUUUGUAAUCCUUUCAUUUUUGAAGCUUCCAAUUUGCUUGCUGCUGCUGCUGCCUGGGAGCCAGGACAGAGGCAGUGGCGGCCCCCAUGCCGCCCUCCUCGAGCUGGUGAGGAGAAGCCGCCAUUGAGCACACAGCCUCCACCAGACUGCCAUGGCCCCGAACCUGCAGCUCCAUCCUAGUGCAGAAGCAUGUGCCUGCCACCUGCUGCCCCCUGCAGAGUCAUGUGUGUUUGUGGUGGGCAUUUUAAAUAAUUAUUUAAAAGACAGGAAGUAAGCGGUACCGAGUAAUGAAACUGAAGGUACAGCACUGGGCGUCUGGGGACCCCACGGUCUCCCAACGCCCAGACUAUGUGGAGCUGCCAAGCCCCUGUCUGGGCACCUUCUGCCCUCCUGUCUGCUGCCCGGAUCCUCCUCAGUUACCACCUAGGGGUGUCAGGGUCGGGAGUAGGACCUGUCCUGACCUCAGGGUUAUAGCCCUUCCCCACUCCCUCCUACGAGAGUUCUGGCAUAAAGAAGUAAAAAAGAAAAAAAAAAAAAAAAAAAAAAA